AUGGCAAUGUUGUUCAUGACUGCUAUCGGAUUUUUAGGCACUAUUAUUAUCAGCCUCGUUAGCUACUGAAAACCUGCUGUGUGUUCAGCCAUCAGCUUUCUGUUGGCAACCCUGGCCUCUUUGACCCUAUGCUGUCCUGCAGCUAUGGUUGUUGCAAUGAACUGGACCUUUGGGGCUCAUUUCUGCCAAAACUCAGCUAUGCUUUAUUGAUUAUUUGUCUUGGAAGGAGUUGCCAUCUGGAUGAUUAGCGUGGACCAUUUUCUAACCACUGUCUAGAGGCAAAACUAGCUGAAAUCUCACCGUGCCAAAGCCACAACUGCUUUAUUUGAUGCUUUCUGCGUUGCCUUUUCUCCAUGGACUGGACAGAUGGUUGGGGAAAUGCAAACCAGGGCUCUCCAGGGUGUAAUUCCCGCUGGCUGAGCUAACGAAGUGAUGCUUGUCGCGAUAACGUUCUUCAUUCCUUUCAGCAUCAUGCUGCACUCCAACCUUUGCAUCCCAAACACCCUCUGUAAGAGCGUCCUGAGCACCCACCAACGUGCCCACAGCCUUUGCUUCAGCCAAAGGAACACACUUGACCUGAUAGGGCUGCAGAAACCUUGCCAAGUGAACGUAGACCUGAACUUCAAAACAAGAGCCUUCACUAUAGUUCCCACUCUGUUUGUUGGAUUUUUACCCUGCCAGCUCCCCAGCUACGCAGUGCACAACCUGCCUGUGGCAUCCAGUAGAUGUCUGCAGCGUUGCUAG